AGCCGCCGAGGGAGCCGCGUGUGGUGCUGACAGGCGCCGUGGCCAUGGGGUGCUUCGUAGGGCUUCUGCCCCUCCUGGCCGCAGCCCCCCUUCUCCUCCUCCAGAUCCACUGCGCUGCCGUACCCUCACUCGCCCUCUGCGGCUUCCCCGCGGCGGGCAACGAGAGACCCAUCAUCGGGGUAUUGGCACAGGAAUGUCACUUUAAAGAAUUCGCCAGAUAUGGAAGUUCUUACAUCGCUGCUUCAUAUGUGAAGUUUUUGGAAUCUGCUGGGGCCCGAGUUGUGCCAAUAAGAUUAAAUCUUACAGAUGAAGAGUAUGAUAAAAUAUUUCACUCUAUAAAUGGGGUACUUUUUCCAGGAGGUGGUGUGGAUCUUAAGACUUCAGAAUAUUCCAGGGUUGCUAAGAUAUUUUACCACAAGGCAUUAGAGGCUAAUGAUAAAGGAGAUUAUUUCCCAGUAUGGGGAACAUGUCUUGGACACGAAGAGCUUACCUAUCUCACAAGUGGAGAAGUUUUACUUGUUAAUACCAAGACAGAAGGUUUUGCGCUCCCUCUGAACUUUACCUCAGCUGCAAAGGACAGUAGAUUAUUCAAGAAUGUCCCUGAUGAUAUAUUACAUGCAUUUGCAACUGAGCCAUUGACAUCAAACUUUCAUAAAUGGAGCCUCUCCAUGGAGAAUUUCACAAAGAAUGAAAAGCUUCAUAAUUUCUAUAAUGUUCUGACCACUAACACCGAUGAUGAAGUGGAGUUUAUAUCUACCAUGGAAGCAUACAAAUAUCCAAUUUAUGGUGUCCAGUGGCAUCCGGAGAAAAAUCCUUUUGAGUGGAAGAAUUCGCCAGGCAUUCCACAUUCCCCAUCAGCUGUAAAAGCAGCAUAUUAUAUAGCUGACUUCUUUGUUAAUGAAGCCCGCAAGAGCCUCCACUCUUUUGCCAGUGAAGAUGAGGAAACAAAAGAAUUGAUUUAUAAUUAUACUCCAAUUUAUACGGGAACAUUUUCUUCCUUUCAGCAAAUCUAUUUUUUUGAUUGAGUAUUGUGUCGAAGGUGCAGGGUUGCUAUUUAGAAAUGGAAUUAUUUGCCAGCAUUGCUUAAUUAAGCUGAUAGAGCGCACUGCGCGUGACAGAAAGCCAGAACUGUUCUCUUCCUUUUCACUGAUUUAUCCUGUGUUUAUUCUGCACUGUCAGACCAUUAAUAUAAAAAUUUACAUUCAAUAACAUAGUAAUUGUCUUGGAUCACACUUUUAAGGCAAGCUACAGAAAGGUACAUUCUUCUUCCAGGGAAGAGGUCUUCAUUAUGCUUAUAAACUCAGUCAUGUUUAGUAGAAAGAAAAAUGCUGUAUUCACGUAUUUUAAAACACGAAAGUAAAAUGUUAGGGACUAUGGUAGCUCUAGAAGUACGUUUGCUUAGUAAAAUCCUAUCCUUUAAAAAUGAUUUAACAAAUUAAACUCUUGACUUUGUCUUAAAUAUGUAUAUGGAACCAACUUCUUGACAGGGGCUAUUUUGUCAUUUGAAAAAUUGACCAAAAUAUUAAAGCAGCAUGAUAGCAAACAGACAUUUUUACCUAAAAAGCAAAUGUUAAAUCCCAUUUGUGGACCUGUUUCUCUUGUACAAUCAGCAUUCUUAGGAGCACUUACACCUUGUGAGACCUACGUAAACAGGAGGAUGCAGUGUAAGCUAGGCAUUGCAAAUUACAGGUAAAAUAGGGAAGUUUGGAGGGCAUAGUUAAGUAAUGAUUCCACUUUCUGUUCUUUUCAAAUUCAGUUUUAUAUGUCCUCCAAGAAUUGAUCUGCAAGUAACUGGAAUCAGCAGAUAGAUAGGACAUGCAGACAUACAUUUUCUUUAUACAGCCUGACUUUUUCUGUAGCUACUGGAUAGAAUUCUCACUUUGCGUCAAGAAGUAGUUUGCCAUUAACUUAAUAAGUUUCUGUCUUGUUGGAUAGUUUAAUGGAAUUUGACUUCAAACGGCAGAUGAAUGUAUAGGAGAAACCUAGUAGUGUUGACAUAACGUGAUAAUAGCAGUUGCAUUCAAUACUGUGAUACCUUUUUGUUUUCUUUUCCUUUGCUGUACGCUUAGUGAAAAUUUUGUUUAGUGGUUUUGUGCGGUGUCCAAAAAGGAACUGUGAUAAGACAAUCAAAUAUAACUCUCCUCUAUUGCACAGCUUCCAAACUCUGCUAAAACAUCAGUAGGGAUUUGGAGUUAACGAAGAAUUCAAGUUUAUACUUCUGCGGUUUUGUGGUACCUUAUACUCUCAAGGCUCAAAUCUGAAUAAAGCUGAUACGUUUCUCAGGUUUUUCAAGUAAAAGACUCUCAAACUUAUAUUUUAUCAUGAAACAACUGUAUAAGAGAAUGUGAAAUGCAUUAGUUAAAAAACUAUAAGGAAGCAUUAACUGUGACUUACCAUAAAGACACUACCAGCUAAUGACAAGUUUAAACUUGUGAUAUUGCAGAUUAUUUCUACAUUUGUCAGAUGAGCCAAAUUCAGUAAAUGAAACUUAAUUUUUAAUAUAGGUGACUUUACUGUAUAACCUGACUCCUGAGUAGAACGAAGUGUAAAAAGAGGAUUAUGCACCAUAGUUGCAUGCCAAACUAUGUCCAAUCUUCUUGUUCAGGCUGAGUUUGUUGAAAUAUCUGUAAGAAUUUGCCUAAGGAGGGCAAGAAAAACAGGGAUCAAUCUUAAAAGUGAAUUGUCUGCUUACUGCAACAGCAGUAAUUAGUUCCUAAGAAUGUAACUACAAGGAAUAUUGUGUGUAAUAUGGUGAGAGAGCAGUGUAUUUAUUAUAAAUUUGUAUGUGUCUUUCCUUUAUAUCCUUUAACUUGUGAAGCCUUAUUUGAUGGUA